GCUUUUAUUUUUGGUGGGGGUGGAUGGGAAUGUUUCCCACUUCUGGGGAGAAAAGUCACAUUUUCUGGAGGCUGCCUCCCAGACACACACACACAUACACACCCUGCGAGCGGGUGUCAGACCCAGAAAGAUGCUGCUGAGCUGGAGGCGUUGCGGUCUACUUUGGUGUAAGCCGGCUGCCCAUCUGUUGUUUGGCUCAGGACGGCUGGAGUUGCUCUCCUCCGGCCUUCGGUUUCUCUGCUUAACCUGUGUUGCCCGGUCGGUGACUGUGAAUACAGAAUGUUCACAGGGAGAGAACCAGCGUGUGCUGUUCUCUGUCUCCCCCACCACGGAAGCACGUGUGCAAACAAAACGUGAAUCAAGCUGGGUUUUUUCGUACGUGCAAACCAGGUGCACGGUUGGUGUUUCUUGAUCCCUUCGUCCCUGCACUCGUUAAAGCUUCUCUUUUGCAGACUUGAAGGCUUGAGGGGUCAUUGUGCUUCCUGCAUUGCCCCCCCCCAGUUCUCCCAGAAGAUAGAAGCUGGUUGGAACUGGGCUGGUCUCUGUUUGUGCCUUGAGCUUUUUCUCUCUUGCUUUGUAGCCCACUUGCUUAAGGCUUCUCUGUCCGUAACACACUGCGGAGAUGGACGGUCCAGAGGUGGAUGAUGUAGACAGAAAAGAUUUCAUUCCCCUGAUUCCUGACGAACAAACCAAGAACUCUUUGGAUGAUUCUGUUGUGCUGGUCGAACGUUCAGAAGAAUUUCCCUCCAGUGAGAACUGGACCAAUGAAGUUGUGGACGAGGAGUGCGAGUUGAUGGUGACGUUCUGCAAGCGAGCGAAACUGAUGCCCCACGCGAGAUACGACUGCACGACCUUCCCCUUUGUGCGUGCCAAGUGUGAGACAAGAUUUCCCAUUGAAGUAAACGCACAGACGUGUGACGAGUGCUACUGUUAUAUAUGCAACACACCGGUUGUGGAAUGCACAUAUUGGACGACUCCGUCCCUUUGCCACUGCAACGCACAUAACAAGAGCCAGUAUUGGAAGGAUCUGUGGAAGUUCGGCUUCACCGGAGGCCUGGCCACGCUCAGCCUGGAGCUCGCCGAAAUAGAUGCGGAUGUGAAGCGUGGAGGGACGCUUCUCCAGAAAUUCAUGAACGACAUAUCCGUGGAAUAUAAUCAGUACCUGAUGGGCGAGAGAGUGUUCUCGGAUUCCCACGAAUGUUUCUGUUACCGAAAUUUGGGGCCUGGCAAGUGUGAUUUCUGCGCCCUCCACUCGCCUGUCAUAUACAGGUAUACCUCUGUUUCCAAUCUUGUCACGGAAUUUCUAAACCAGGCUGAAAAAGAGAAGCCCAAAACGGAGGCCAUCGCCCUCCUGGGAGCAGCUCAGGAGAUUGCACUACACAAGGAUCCAGCUUCCUACUCACAACAUGUGGAUCACGAGGCCUCCCUGAUCAAGGCUGUUACAUGCCUGAUGGACAGGAUCACGAGACGACUUCAGAGGCUGCUGAUUGCGAAUGACUUCCCCAUGCCUUUGCGGGAUAAAUUAACCAGAGUCUUCCGCUUGAUUCCCUUCCCCAUUCACUGCUACGGAUUCAUGGAGAGCUUAGAUUUCUUCACAUGGAAACACGGCUUGCUGACCUCGGUCUUAAGGGGACAUAACACCAACGGCUACAGGAUUAGGAAGGGGAAGAAGGAGAUUCUUUGCGAAACUUUACCGGUGAUAGAGGCACGGAUCGAGAGGCUGGAAGCCGACCGACAUUACAGCGAGCUGAUCCGGUAUUUGAAAGUGGUGAAAUGCUACGAUUUCGAAGGGUUGCAGGAGAGGAGAGACCGGAUCCCCUUCUACCUGUGCAAAAUUGGGGAAAUGGAGGAGGCCGCCAGGGCCCUCUUCGACACCUAUGAAAGUUCCUGCUGCACCGCCUGCCGCCUCUCCGCGUUCCAGUUCGAGAUCUACCUCAAGAUGUUCCACACGGGACAGGUUCCCUCUGGGAGAGAUCUGGAGAACGUUCCGCCGUGGACUUGGAUAGCUCCGCGUCUGAAGCUGCGCUCGAAGAUCAUAUGGUUCUUGAAGCUCAUAUACAGCAGCCCCACCUUAUAUCAGAACCCCAAAUGCUGGAGUGCUAUGAUAAGGACUUUUAGCAGCCUUCCGUGCUUGAAAGCAAACGGCCAACUGAACUCCUGCUACAUGAAGCCACCACCCCAGGAUUUCCAGGAUUUGGUCUUCACAGAAUCUGGCUUCAUUCUGAACACGCUUACCACAAGCCCGAACUUUUUCAUCUCAGAAAUAUUAGAGGACUACACAUGAACGUUGGUUUUAUUUUUGCCGUCCGGGCAGUACAGCAGAUGGUUCUGACGGAAUGUCGCUCCCU